AGCGAGGGGAAAGAUCUAGCGGGGGUGUGGAGGAUCGAUCGGAAUGGGGAGCGAGGCGGCGGCGAUCGCCGUGCCGGAUGGGCCGCCCACGCCCACGCCCAAGAGGGUUCCCCUGCGGGGAUUAGCUCGCGUAGCAUCAGUAGCGCUGGGCGUCCAGUUCGGCUGGGCUCUCCAGACAUCGCUGCUGACGCCCUACGUCCAGGAGCUGGGGAUUCCUCACGAGUACGCCGGCUACAUCUGGCUGUGCGGCCCAAUCUCGGGGAUGUUCGUCCAGCCCAUCGCCGGCUACUACAGCGAUCGAUGCCAGCUGAAAUGGGGGAGGCGUCGGCCAUUCAUCCUCGGCGGCGCGAUCUUCGUGGUGCUGGCCAUCUUCGUCAUUUGCUUCGCGGCCGAUCUGGGUUUCUUGCUGGGCGAUAACAAGCACCAUCGCCCUCGCGCGAUUGUGUUCUUCGUGAUUGGCUUCUGGCUCCUCGAUCUGGCCAACAACACGCUCCAGGGGCCGUGCCGGGCUCUCCUGGCCGAUCUAUCGGGGAAGGACUACCGCAGGACGAGACGAGCGAACGCUUUCUUCUCGCUCUUUCUCUCCAUCGGCAAUGUGCUGGGAUACGCUGCCGGUUCUUACUCCAACUGGCCAAAGGUAUUCCCCUUCACGAGAUCCGAGGCUUGCGACAAGUCCUGCGCGAAUCUCAAGUCGGCUUUCAUCAUUGACGUGCUGCUCUUGGUGAUCACCACAGUUCUGAGCAUCACCGCAGCCGACGAGGUCCCCUGGUCGCCACUAUCCUCCAAUUCUCGAGCACCACUCUUGCAAGAUCCGGCUCACGCUAGCUCCGUCAACGGAGAACAGGGUGAGCAGGGCGCAGAGGAGGAGGGGGAGCCUCCACUCGAGAAGAACGAGGCCUUCUUCUGGGAGCUGAUUGGAACUGUCCGCCACUUGCCGAGAGAAAUGUGGUGUAUCCUGCUCGUCACUGCCAUGACUUGGAUCUCGUGGUAUCCCUUCUGGCUCUUCAACACCGACUGGAUGGGGAGAGAGGUCUUCAAAGGCGAGCCGAGCUCCAAGACGGCGAAGCAGUAUGACAGGGGAGUCCGACUUGGAUCCUUCGGCCUCAUGCUCAACUCCAUUGUCCUGGGCCUGGCCUCGGUGGUGAUGGAGCCCCUGUGCCGGAAGUUCAAAGCCAAGAACGUCUGGUCCAUCGCCAACUUCAUCAUGGCUGCCUGCUUCUCCACCGCGGUUGCUGUCUCGAUCGUCAUGAAGAACGCCCCUGUUGGCCGGCCAUCGCUGGGAGUCCAGAUUGCUUCGCUGCUCUUCUUCACUGUGCUGGGAGCUCCUCUCGCGGUGACUUACAGCAUUCCCUUUGCGCUCACGGCAGCGGUGGCCGGUUCCUCCGGUGGGGGUCAAGGCUUGUACGUUGGAGUACUCAAUCUAGCUAUUGUGAUCCCACAGUUCCUCACUUCGAUUUUCAUUGGUCCCUGGGAUACGCUGUUUGGAGGUGGUGACAUGCCGGCAUUCACUCUGUCCGCCGUGGUAGCGCUCCUAAGUUCAUUGAUAGCGCCUUACAUUCUUCCAAAGCCUCCGGCGGAGCUACGCAGCUCCAAGCUGAGACGUACCAUCAGCGCCCCCAUACCGUAAGAGAGAGGGAUCGAUUUGGCUUUCCGUUCUCUCUUCCUUUCUUCCGCGUUCGUUCGUUGUGUCCAUAUACUCGUUCCUUUACGUGGAUGGCCUGGCCACUGGCUUGCUUGUUCGUCGUUUAUAAAGAAUGAAAAAGUCGGCGGCCCGAUUGAUUGCCGGUCCACUUGCUCAA